UUCAGUCAGUUGCGUUAUUGCCUCACCCUCCAGUAUUGCAUCUGUUGGAAUGGAUUCAACCCUGCCUCGGGUGGAAUGAACCCUGCCUCCCUGCCUCGGGUGGAAUGAACCCUGCCUCCCUGCCUCGGGUGGAAUGAACCCUGCCUCCCUGCCUCGGGUGGAAUGAACCCUGCCUCCCUGCCUCGGGUGGAAUGAACCCUGCCUCCCUGCCUCGGGUGGAAUGAACCCUGCCUCCCUGCCUCGGGUGGAAUGAACCCUGCCUCCCUGCCUCGGGUGGAAUGAACCCUGCCUCCCUGCCUCGGGUGGAAUGAACCCUGCCUCCCUGCCUCGGGUGGAAUGAACCCUGCCUCCCUGCCUCGGGUGGAAUGAACCCUGCCUCCCUGCCUCGGGUGGAAUGAACCCUGCCUCCCUGCCUCGGGUGGAAUGAACCCUGCCUCCCUGCCUCGGGUGGAAUGAACCCUGCCUCCCUGCCUCGGGUGGAAUGAACCCUGCCUCCCUGCCUCGGGUGGAAUGAACCCUGCCUCCCUGCCUCGGGUGGAAUGAACCCUGCCUCCCUGCCUCGGGUGGAAUGACAAAACAAAAUACUACUCCCCUCCUGCCACCCACUUCUCCAACUGCUGGAGAACACUGGAAUUCUACAUUUGAAUUCAUUAAACUUUAUUGUCCUUUUAAGAACCUUUUAUGCACAUGUUUUUGACUUUUACACACGGGUGUAUUCAGUGAUAAGCUUUUGAGACAUAUUCGAAAUAGGCAAAUUAUUAUAAUAUUUAAUAUUUAGGUUUAAUGAGUGACUGGUGUAGUUCACGGUUCAUUAAUAGUUUAUUUCCGUAGCCUACCCACCCACUUACCAAUACUUAACAUCAAAAUGCAUCAGAUGUGACGUUAUGUUGCAGUGCCUCUUAUAACCUACUUGGAUAAAGUGGGCUAUCCGGUUAUGGUCCCAUUUCACAAGUCUGGAAAUCCCCACAUCUACAGUAUAGCGUUUACUGGAACAGCCUGUACGCUGUGCAGAGGACACAGAGAUCACCGCCCUGUUGUUUACUGUAGCCUAUACGAAGAUCAACGGUUAGAAUAUGAAUUCGCACACUGAAAGCUGACGAAAAUGAAACCCUUUCAUUCUUUUGCAUGCUCAUGAAUAUUCAUGAGCAGAAUUAGGCUGCGGUAACGACGGGGCUACGGGUUUGGUAUGACGCGGCCGCCAACGGGAUGAAAUGUGGACGUGUUACUUUGUUGCAACUACUGCACGAUUGUGCCUAAUAGUCGGGAUGUAGGGAAUAUUUUACGCAUCGAAAGGGUCUGGCUGUAGUUGCUGUAACCGGGGAAAGGUGAUUUCCUAUACGACAUUACAAACGCAUUAAAAAAUAUAUAUAUUGUGAAAAAUGCACCUUCGAAUAUUUCCAACAGUCCAAUAGUAGCCUUUUCUAUUAUAUUUAUCAUCCAAAUCAUGUUGAUAUUGAAGAAAAUGUUGUGUUGUAACACACUGUUAGGUUCUAAUAGAGCCUCAACAGGGUGCAGAAUUGUAUCUUUUAGACAUUUCUCUAAUGCACAAAACACACUGGCCUCUCUGCCACAAUAUCCAGCAUAUUUCGACUCGAAUAUUCUUUAGAAAGAGGAUAUUUAUCGUGGAUAUCAUUUCCGUUUUCACUUGAAGCAGAAGGCAACAAUCACACUGUUCCCGUCUCUCCCACCCCCGAUCUGGCGGUGGCUGGUUGGUUGUAACCUUCUUGGCAAAGGUUCAAGUAGUGAUUAAAUCAAAUAAAUAAAAAAUGGGGGCGAAGGAGCCUGGCGUGACUGAGCAUGCGCCUGAGGGGGCUGCCGUCGAAGAAUGAAGUAAAUAGAAUGUUGUCGGUGCCCGGGCGGUGACGUCACCUCUCCACACCGGGACUGGGCUGAGCGGAGGCUGUAGGCGAGGCAGUAAGAGAGACAGAUAGAGGACGCGUCAGUCGUAGUAGUCUAAAAAAACAUCCUCCCUGCUGUCAUGCAUUUCUGUUUGUAACUUAAUUGUUUGUUGGUAUAGUCAGGAGACCGACGGAGAGGAGUAGAGGACGUAUUUUUCUUUUUGAGAGACGGAAGGACCUGUGUCUGAUUUCUAAAAAGGACUAGGAGAUAUCCACACACAGAGACCUGGGUUAGAGAGAGAUUUAACGUCCGUUUUUCGGUGAAAGGGAAGCUAUGUCGUCCGCGACGGUAGCUGCUUCAAGAAGGCAGUCCUGUUAUUUAUGCGACCUGCCCCGCAUGCCCUGGGCUAUGAUCUGGGAUUUUACCGAGUCCAUCUGCAGGGGAUGUGUCAACUACGAAGGAGCGGACCGGAUCGAGUUUGUGAUUGAGACAGCCCGGCAGCUGAAGCGGGCUCACGGUUUACAGGAGGGGAGAUCUCCGGGGCCCGCUAAACAGCAGCAGCUCUCGGGGAAAGAAAUCCAUGCUAAUCACCACGGCUCUGGAGGAGACAACGGUUCCCGACCGCCUCAGCCCCUUGACCGCUACCCCCUCUCCACAUCGGACCGUCCUCCGCGGCUGGGGCCGGAGUACCAGUCUGGGAGACAGGCUAACGGCAUUCCGGUACCUAAUGGAUUUCCUAAACCGGACGAUCCACCAGAGCUUAACCGGCAGAGCCCAAACCCGCGCAGGAAUAACACGGUUCCUCCUAAUCUAGUGCCUUUGGUGAACGGGAACAUGUCCUCCGUGCACGCCGUUAACGGCCGACCGAUGGGGCACCCGGGGUCAGGUUUGAUGGCUGGUAGCCCCAACGGGCACGGCGGUAAGCGCCCGGCCUCGUUCUCCAGCAUCGAGCAACACGAGAAGGAUAAGCACAGACCGGACAGCCUGACGCCGGAGAUAGAGAACCACAAACAAAGGGCGGAUGACUGGAUGAACAAGGGGAAAACGGUCAGGGACUUGAUGGCUCUCCAUACCUUCGACAACCGGUUCAAGAAGGAUCCUGCCGCCAUGCAACAGAGGGUGAUGGGCUAUGAGCAACAACAGAACGCCGCAGCUUCUAAAUCAGACAGGGGAAAACACCCGCGGACUAUGAAGAGGAAAGCAUCGCCGGAACCGGAGGGAGAGAGAGAGGGAACCGCCGCCAAGCAUAGCGGAGAGGACAGACAGCAGUGGUUACCGGGUCCACCAUCUGACCGUGACGGACAUAAAAUGCCCCCGGGACCACCACCAAGCUUCUCCUCCGUCCCCACCAAUACCAUAUCCCCCCACUCACGCACCACCCCACCGGAAGCUGCGCAGAACGGCCAGUCCCCCAUGGCGGCUCUGAUCCUCGCGGCAGACAACGCCGGUGGUGGCGGGAACAGCUCGCCCAAAGAUGGGAACCAGGUCCACUCCACCACGCGGCGCAACAGCAGCAGCCCGCUCUCGCCCUCCUCCAUGAACCAGAACCGGCGGCUUGGACAGGGGAGAGAUGGUACUGGUGGCGCGGGGACAACUCACGUGUCAGGAGGAGGCGUGGACCAAGGGCACGGACCUCAAAGCAUUCCGGACCCGUCAGUACCCGGGAGCGUACCCCUCUGCUGCACGCUCUGUCACGAGAGGUUAGAGGACACUCACUUUGUUCAGUGUCCGUCGGUUCCCUCGCACAAGUUCUGCUUCCCGUGUUCGCGGCAGAGCAUCAAACAACAAGGAGCCACCGGGGAGGUGUACUGUCCCAGCGGGGAGAAGUGCCCGUUGGUCGGCUCUAACGUACCGUGGGCUUUCAUGCAGGGAGAAAUCGCUACCAUCCUGGCAGGAGACGUCAAAGUAAAAAAAGAGAGGGAUACUUGAUGGGGGAGGGAUUGUUGUGGGUGGGGGGAGGGGUUCAAAUACAAAUAUAUAAAUAUACAAAUACCACAUACCUACUGCAUACCAUCCAAGCAAACUAAUGGACUGUGUUUAUAGUGGACCCAAACCGAAGGGACUACUGCAUACCAUCCAAGCAAACUAAUGGACUGUGUAUAUAGUGGACCCAAACCGAAGGGACUACUGCAUACCAUCCAAGCAAACUAAUGGACUGUGUUUAUAGUGGACCCAAACCGAAGGGACUACUGCAUACCAUCCAAGCAAACUAAUGGACUGUGUUUAUAGUGGACCCAAACCGAAGGGACUACUGCAUACCAUCCAAGCAAACUAAUGGACUGUGUUUAUAGUGGACCCAAACCGAAGGGACUACUGCAUACCAUCCAAGCAAACUAAUGGACUGUGUACAUAGUGGACCCAAACCGAAGGGACUACUGCAUACCAUCCAAGCAAACUAAUGGACUGUGUUUAUAGUGGACCCAAACCGAAGGGACUACUGCAUACCAUCCAAGCAAACUAAUGGACUGUGUUUAUAGUGGACCCAAACCGAAGGGACUACUGCAUACCAUCCAAGCAAACUAAUGGACUGUGUUUAUAGUGGACCCAAACCGAAGGGACUACUGCAUACCAUCCAAGCAAACUAAUGGACUGUGUUUAUAGUGGACCCAAACCGAAGGGACUACUGCAUACCAUCCAAGCAAACUAAUGGACUGUGUUUAUAGUGGACCCAAACCGAAGGGACUACUGCAUACCAUCCAAGCAAACUAAUGGACUGUGUUUAUAGUGGACCCAAACCGAAGGGACUACUGCAUACCAUCCAAGCAAACUAAUGGACUGUGUUUAUAGUGGACCCAAACCGAAGGGACUACUGCAUACCAUCCAAGCAAACUAAUGGACUGUGUACAUAGUGGACCCAAACCGAAGGGACUACUGCAUACCAUCCAAGCAAACUAAUGGACUGUGUAUAUAGUGGACCCAAACCGAAGGGACUACUGCAUACCAUCCAAGCAAACUAAUGGACUGUGUACAUAGUGGACCCAAACCGAAGGGACUACUGCAUACCAUCCAAGCAAACUAAUGGACUGUGUACAUAGUGGACCCAAACCGAAGGGACUACUGCAUACCAUCCAAGCAAACUAAUGGACUGUGUACAUAGUGGACCCAAACCGAAGGGACUACUGCAUACCAUCCAAGCAAACUAAUGGACUGUGUACAUAGUGGACCCAAACCGAAGGGACUACUGCAUACCAUCCAAGCAAACUAAUGGACUGUGUACAUAGUGGACCCAAACCGAAGGGACUACUGCAUACCAUCCAAGCAAACUAAUGGACUGUGUUUAUAGUGGACCCAAACCGAAGGGACUACUGCAUACCAUCCAAGCAAACUAAUGGACUGUGUUUAUAGUGGACCCAAACCGAAGGGACUACUGCAUACCAUCCAAGCAAACUAAUGGACUGUGUUUAUAGUGGACCCAAACCGAAGGGACUACUGCAUACCAUCCAAGCAAACUAAUGGACUGUGUUUAUAGUGGACCCAAACCGAAGGGACUACUGCAUACCAUCCAAGCAAACUAAUGGACUGUGUUUAUAGUGGACCCAAACCGAAGGGACUACUGCAUACCAUCCAAGCAAACUAAUGGACUGUGUUUAUAGUGGACCCAAACCGAAGGGACUACUGCAUACCAUCCAAGCAAACUAAUGGACUGUGUAUAUAGUGGACCCAAACCGAAGGGACUACUGCAUACCAUCCAAGCAAACUAAUGGACUGUGUUUAUAGUGGACCCAAACCGAAGGGACUACUGCAUACCAUCCAAGCAAACUAAUGGACUGUGUACAUAGUGGACCCAAACCGAAGGGACUACUGCAUACCAUCCAAGCAAACUAAUGGACUGUGUACAUAGUGGACCCAAACCGAAGGGACUACUGCAUACCAUCCAAGCAAACUAAUGGACUGUGUAUAUAGUGGACCCAAACCGAAGGGACUACUGCAUACCAUCCAAGCAAACUAAUGGACUGUGUACAUAGUGGACCCAAACCGAAGGGACUACUGCAUACCAUCCAAGCAAACUAAUGGACUGUGUAUAUAGUGGACCCAAACCGAAGGGACUACUGCAUACCAUCCAAGCAAACUAAUGGACUGUGUACAUAGUGGACCCAAACCGAAGGGACUACUGCAUACCAUCCAAGCAAACUAAUGGACUGUGUACAUAGUGGACCCAAACCGAAGGGACUACUGCAUACCAUCCAAGCAAACUAAUGGACUGUGUACAUAGUGGACCCAAACCGAAGGGACUACUGCAUACCAUCCAAGCAAACUAAUGGACUGUGUACAUAGUGGACCCAAACCGAAGGGACUACUGCAUACCAUCCAAGCAAACUAAUGGACUGUGUACAUAGUGGACCCAAACCGAAGGGACUACUGCAUACCAUCCAAGCAAACUAAUGGACUGUGUACAUAGUGGACCCAAACCGAAGGGACUACUGUAUUCUUCAGUAAAACAUGACUGUAAUGUUUUUAGAUUCUUUUGGAAUACAUUGUGUUUGUAUAUUUUUGAAGAUGAAGGUAUGUAAUCAUAAUAAAAUAGGACUCUUCUUGGUCCCUCUUUGUUGAGUUUACAUCUCAAAUGGUACCCUAUUCCCUAUGCAAUGCACUACUUUUGAACCAGAUACCCCUAGGGGAAACCCAUAGGGCUCUCUGGUCAAGACUAGUGCUUUAUGUAAGGUACAGGGUGGUUGUUUGGGACGUGACCUGUCUGAUAGCAGUUCCUUUUCAAAACGUAGAAUGUGACUGAUGAUGACUAGCCUCUCUCUCUGUAAACACUUAAGCAUCCAACUGAAAUCAUUUAACUGUAAUGUGUAUAUGCACUUGUUUCAAAAAAAAUUAUUGCCAAAAUACAAUUUGUGAUCUUGUAUGAAGAA